ACCCCCGUCGUGUGUCCCUGCACGUCAGUUACCGCACAUCAUUCACGGCUGACGUUUUUUUAAAAAGGGGUUGGAACAAGUUAUUUCCUGGAUUCCUGAACAGAAAACGUGUGAUAGUGUCAUUAGAAUUAGACCUGUCAGCGUUAGAAUCCUUUCUCCACCCUUUUAAUGCAGAUCAUCUGCAGGUUCAGUUCCCUGAUUCUUCUCCGUUUCCUGCCGGUGAUGGUUGAAUAUAUUUCAGGAAAAGUUUUUUUCACCACCUGUUCUGACUUGAAUAUGCUGAAAACAUUAAAAUCCGCAGAAAGAUUAUUUUUGCUGAUUAAAAAGCAGUUUCCAUUUAAUGUUUCUUCUGUAAGUAAAGGAAAAAUAUUUUAUGAAAUGCAAAGAUUUAUAAAUGAUGAUCCUGAAAGUUGGUUGAAUGCCAUUUCGAUUUGGAAAAAUCUUCUUGAACUUGAUGCAAAAAAGAAAAAACUUUCUCAAGGAGAUGCUAACCCACUAAAAAGAAAAAUAGGAGAAAAUGACAGCAUUAUUGCUAAGAAAUUAAAAGCAGAACAAAUGCAAGAGACACGAGAGAAUAGGGAAUGCCAGCUGGAAAAGCCAAUAGAAGAGGAAACCCUGGAGCGAGGAGAUUCUCUCACUGAAAGAGAGAAAUGUGAAGAAGAACUUCAGAAUGAUGUAGCAAAAGCAGGAGAUACUCUUAACCAGAAUGACUUGACCUUCAGAGUUUCUUGUCGCUGCAGUGGAGCCAUUGCAAAGACCCUUUCUGCACAGGAAGUAGGAAGAAUAAUUGGAAUUGCUCUUAUGAAACAGUUUGGAUGGAAAGCAGAUUUGAGGAAUCCAAACUUAGAGAUAUUUAUACAUCUAAAUGACAUUUACUCUGUCAUGGGAAUUCCUGUGUUCAGGGUUUCUUUAGCCAGCAGAGCUUACAUCAGGACAGCAGGACUGAGGUCUACCAUAGCAUGGGCAAUGGCCUCUGUCGCUGAAAUUAAGGCUGGUGCCUUUGUUUUAGAUCCAAUGUGUGGACUCGGUACAAUACUUCUGGAAGCAGCUAAAGAAUGGCCGGAUGUGUACUAUGUGGGCGCUGAUGUCAGCGACUCACAGUUACAAGGUGCAUGUGACAACCUGAAAGCUGCAAGCCUCACGGGUAAAAUUGAGUUACUUAAAGUCUCUGUUAUAGAAUUGCCAUUGCCUUCAGAAAGUGUCGAUAUUAUUAUUUCUGACAUCCCAUUCGGGAAAAAGUUUAAGUUAGGGAAAGACAUCAAAAGCAUUCUACAAGAAAUGGAAAGAGUGCUUCAUGUUGGCGGGACCAUUGUAUUGUUGCUUAGUGAAGAUCACCGCAGGCGCCUCCAAGACUGUGAAGGGAGCGGCUUCCCUUUGAAUUCCAAAGGCAGCCACUCCGAUGAACCUGGAGUUGAAAAAUGCUUGGUUCUCGAAGGAAAAACUGGCAUAUCAGAGACAGUGUCAUCUUCAUUUGAAGCCAAUCACCAGGAAUGCUUACAUAAAAUGCCACCAUUUGGCUCCUUGGUGCCGGUGGAAUGCUACAAAGUUAGCCUUGGGAAAACAGAUGCAUUUAUACACAAAUAUAAGAAGUCAUCUUCUUCUGGACUGUAGCAGGCUAGAUACUGUGAGCCAAGUUCAAGGCCUUACAUGUCAGCCCUACAGAGAGUGGUUGCCUCUAGGGUCCUGAUAGUGCCACAGAGUAACCAGUCGACAGGUCCAGGGGGCGUGGCUGCUGGACACAGGAUUUUAAUAAGUUUCUCCUUUAGGCUCUAAAGGGCUUAAUGUUUCUGACAAAGAACAGUGAGUAUAUAAUUAAACUAAAAUACUCUUAAACUUUGUAUUUUUAUGUUAAUUGUUUUGAUAUCAAACUUGAUUUUUGAACCUAUAAUUUUUUUUUCUCUACUGGAAUGAAAAUGUUAUGUGCAAUACAUUUUGUAUGUUAUAUGACUCAUGUGAAACAUGAAUGGGAAUAAUAACAAUCUGAAUUAAGCCAAUAUCCUCCAACAUGGUAAGAAAAUAGUUUGCUUUAUUUUCUAAACUAAUGAAUAAACUGUUACCUUACUCUUACUUAA